AUUAGUCUCUUUAAGUGAGUUGUGGUGACAUGCCCGAACCGGCCAAAUCCGCUCCUGCUCCGAAGAAGGGCUCUAAGAAGGCGGUGACCAAGGCGCAGAAGAAGGAUGGCAAGAAGCGCAAGCGCAGCCGCAAGGAGAGCUACUCCGUGUACGUGUACAAGGUGCUGAAGCAGGUCCAUCCGGAUACCGGCAUCUCUUCAAAGGCCAUGGGCAUCAUGAAUUCUUUUGUGAAUGACAUCUUCGAGCGCAUCGCGGGGGAGGCGUCCCGCCUGGCGCAUUACAACAAGCGCUCGACCAUCACCUCCAGGGAGAUCCAGACGGCCGUGCGCCUGCUGCUGCCCGGAGAGCUGGCCAAGCACGCCGUGUCCGAGGGCACCAAGGCUGUCACCAAGUACACGAGCUCUAAGUAAAUGUUUCUAGUCACUGUCAAACCCAAAGGCUCUUUUCAGAGCCACUCACAGCCUCAGUUAAGAGCU